ACAUCUGCCAUUGCCUAGCUAGUUUUCAACAUGGCGACCGGUGUUUGACAUCAGCUAGCAUUCGUAGCGCUUCUCAAUGGAUUUAAUUUGAGCUGACACAUAUUUUCCAUACAUUUUAACUCCACAUCUUUAGCAAAAAGUAAUAUCGAACUAAGCAAGCAAGACGCUUUCUACAUUACCCGGCCUGUGUCAGUCAAAAUGGCAAGCCCAAGGACUAGAAGAGUUUUGAAGGAAGUGAGAACUCAGGAGGAAAACAACCUUUGCUUUGAGUGUGGGGGCUUCAACCCUCAGUGGGUUAGUGUUACCUAUGGGAUCUGGAUUUGUCUGGAGUGUUCUGGCAAACACAGAGGCUUGGGAGUGCACCUUAGCUUUGUGCGCUCUGUUACCAUGGACAAGUGGAAGGACAUUGAGCUGGAGAAGAUGAAGGCGGGAGGGAACGGAAAGUUCCGUAUGUUUCUGGAACUCCAAGAUGAUUAUGAUGCCACUUGGACUAUGCAGGACAAAUAUAACAGCAGAGCUGCUGCACUUUUCAGGGACAAGGUUGCAACCAUUGCAGAAGGGAAGGAGUGGUCUAUUGAAAUUUCCUCUGCCAAGGACUGGACUCCACCUCAGCCCAAGACAGGACUUUCGUCGUCUCAUCGCUCAGGGGGCCCGGGGCAGAACUCGGGCAAACCUUCAGACAAGGCCUUUGAGGACUGGUUGAGUGACGAUGUGAACUCUUAUCAGAGUGGUGGCAGUUAUAGUGGGAAUCAGGAGAACCGCUAUGUUGGCUUUGGGAACACGCCGACUCCAGAGAAGGAGGAUGAUGUCCUGAACAACGCGCUAUCUUCCAUUUAUUCGGGCUGGAGCAAUUUCACCAUCGGAGCUAGCAAAAUUGCCGCAGUUGCCAAGGAUAAUACUGCAAAACUUGCAACUUCAGCAACCCUGAAGUUAAGGGGCUAUAAGCCGCCCCCAGAGCCGGCCACAGAGUUAGGACAGACAUUAAAUGAGAAUGUUAUCAAACCUACCCACGAAAAGGUAAAAGAUGGCAAGUUGCUAGAUGAAAUGUCCGUCAGCAUUGCUGGGCUAGCAUCCAAGGUCCAGGGCGCUGGUGCAAAAGGCUGGAAAGACAUGAGCGACUUCUUUGCUGGAAAGCCAGAGGAUGGGUCAGAAGGAGAGAGCUACCAGAACAUGGAUGCCACUGAGGGUUACCAGGGCAACUCCUCAGUCCCGGAACCAGGCCAGGCCCCUGCGCAGGACUUCUGGGAGACCUUUGGGAGCACCAGCUCCUCCAAGCCCAAGAAGUCUCCAAGCAGCGACAGUUGGACCAACGUCGACAACUCUGCCACAGAGAAGAAGAGUUCUGACAGCUGGGACAACUGGGGCUCGGAGUUGGCAACCAACAACAAACACAGCACUGGGGACAGCUGGGAGGCCUGGGACAACAACUGGGACAACAGUGGCAGAGAGACCAAAGGCAAGAAGAGCCCCGCUGCUGCCCCUGACAAACCUGCUGAGGAAACCUGGGACAAUGCAGACUGGUAGAGGCCUCUCACUCCCUCUCCUCACCUGCACUAUUUCUCCCUUUUUCUCUAUCCCUCCUUGCCUAUUUUUCCUUCACCGCCUUCUUUCCUUCCUUUCCUGGCACUUUUACAGUUGCACAGUCCUGUCUCUAACCUGGGCUGCGCUCAAUGCCAGUUCUGUGUUAUGUUAUUCCUCAAUAAGAAUCAAUUGAAAGUAAAUUGGAGCUCCAUGCAUAUGGAGUAUACCUGAAUAUUCACAAACUUUAAAGCAGUCUGUAGUGUUUUAUUUUGCUGGAUGUGUAUAAAUAAAGUUACCUUUUAAUUGCAGGAGUUCAAAAAUCAAAGUGAGAGCAGGGGCAUAAUCAUAUGUACUAUUUAAAGUAGUUUCCAUAUUAGAAGGCAAGGUGCAAUUUUGGUUUUAUGACUAUAGCAGGGCUAUUAAACUAUAUUCUUAGAAGGGCCAGAUGUAAAGAAAUAAAGGUUAAUUGCAGAGGGGCUGGCUAUUUCCCACGUGAAUAUUCUAAGGAGACUCCAAUAAAGACAUUUUUGUCAAAUUUAAAUGUUGCCAAAAGUAAUUAGAAAAGAAGUGGAGGGUGCCCAACCAACGUGAGUUGAGGUGCAACCACUUUUUAUUUUUAUAAUUGAAAAAGAAAAGGUGCAAUGCUUGCUCACCGUUUAUUUAUUUAAACCACUAUUAAAAGCAAUUAGGCCAUUAGAACAUCAUCAAAAUAAGCAUCUCAAUAAAAACCAUAAAAAAAAAAAAAAAGAUAAUGCCAAGUAUUCUUUUCAUUAAUUUCCCUCAGUCAUUAGGUGCAUGUUUUUGUCAGUCUUUUCUAAUUUAUCAAAGGGCCAGUCUAAAUUAAUAAAUGGGCCGGAUCUGGCCCGCGGGCCGCCAGUUUGAAUAGCCCUGCUCUGUUCAGGCGUUCAAGUCAUCCUAACUAAAGAUGGCAGAAGUCACCUUCUGAACCAGAGUGUCUAGAGUGAGAGGAGCUCACUGGUUGGCCCAUGAGAAACAGGGAUUUCCACUUUGUUUCCACAUGAUGCAUAAUGAAGUUGACAAAGACCUGGGCUGUAAUGUGUUUGUCAUGUAAAGCCAGCAUCCUUGGAUUGCACCCCAACAGUGCUGUGUGUGACUGUGUGUGUCAAUUUAUGACUGCAACUAACCUUGGUAGGAUGUAGUUGCUGGAUUCAUAUGAUGCAAGUACAUUAUUUGAACAAUAUUUUUUUUAUCUUAUACAUUCUCAGCCCUCUAUUCAUUGAAACCCUAAGAGAAGACUGAGUCAGUACAACUUGGUUAUUUUGAUGAUGAACAGGUGAUGAAGUACAUUUUGGUAUAUAGGCCAUCAUUGUAAAUAAAAAUGUGUUCUUAACUGACUUGCCUAGUUAAAUAAAGAAAAAUAUAUACAACCCUGUCUAAAAAGAGAUUGAAAGUAAAAAGUACUAUUCUACCACCCAAUCGGUGGUUGUUGAUCGUAUUAAUCUCAUCUGCUAACUGUAAUAUGAAUGAUCAUGUGUUCAUUUAAUGUACAGUCUGUGUGUUAAUCUGUAACAUGAUUGUGUGUGUUGAACUGGGCACAUUUGUUUUUGGGGUGACUUAUGCUUCAUUGCAUGUAUGUAAUACUGCCAAACCUGUGGGACCACCACAGCAACCUUCUGUGACCUCCAUGAACUUCAUUGACCUUUAGUGGGAUCUAGUCUUUGUUGUGUCUGUCCUCUUAACACUAAAAAUCAACACUGUCUUAGUGUGCUGAGCUUUUCAGUCUCGGUAAGUGUUGCAUCCGAAUUUGUUGAUCUCCAAGUAUGCACAUUUAUGAACUCAUGUUGAAUCAAACGACAGGCAAAGAACACAUCUCAGGCCAUUCAUGUAAUAAUCUUUAAAGGAAAGUUUGAUAUAAAAUUUGGAUUUGUGCCGUGAAUUUCUGACAAACAUUCACUUCUCAAGGAGUGAUGUUGAAUACUGCUGAUUUGAAAGCAAGCUAUUUGCUGGACUUCUAAAAUGAGCCACAUGUUUUACAUGGAAGUGCAGAAUGUGGUUCCAUAGAUUCAGUGACUUUACCAAGGUCACUUUUAACAGAUUAAUUUAAGUUGUUUGCAGUCUCCCAUUGUAAGGAGGUGGAACCCUCAAUUUCACCCCUGUAUGUGUGAGAGAGUGAGGCGUUGCUUAGAUAAUUAUUCUACUCCUGAGAAAGAUGAGGCUACUAUUUCUAAAUUGCACCAGAUUGUUGGCAUUUCCUUCCCCUGGCUGUUUUUUUUUGGUGGAACCACAGUUUAUGGGCUGAUACGGCAUGGCAUGCAUGGUCUUGUGUGAAAGAAAAGUGCUUCUGCUAAAAGGGCAACAAACACCAUCCGUAAAGAGUUGCAUGUUUUCUAAACAAAAAAUCAUUAUGACCGGAGAUGUAAACUAGGAUAACUGUGCAAUGUUUGUGUAGUAGUGCAUCUUCUGUAAUAGUGCUCCAUCUCCCCUGCACUCUAUUUUAAUGUUACCAGCCUUAAAGAGCUGACCUCAGUCUAUUGAUAAACCAUUGUCAGUUUGGUUUGAAGAGUGUGUUCUCCCUUACUAGCUGGACAGCGUGUAUGAUAAAAUAUUAAAGUAAAACGAGGUGCUGCUGUUUAGUUUGCCUCCAUAUUUCUUAUGCUUUGAUUUAUUAUUUUUUUGUACUGUAAGUUUUAUGAAGACUUGACAUUUUCAGUUAAGGCUAAUCAGUCUAGUGGAACCAGCCUAAAGGUGAACGUUGUGAUCAUUCUAGUUCCACCAGGGAAAAUCGCAUCUUCUUACAGUCCCAAAAUGUUUUGUUUUUUUAAUCAAUGAAUUCCAGUGCUUUAAAAGAUGUUAAAUGUUAGAUCCUGUUUAUAGAUCAUUUGGUAUGUAUGAAAUAUAGGCCUAAAAGAACUUCUCACAAAAGUACAAUAUGUGCUCUUUGUCUAUUCAUGUUUUGGCUGUCACAUUGGAGAUUGCAACCCACAAUAUUUUGUAGAUAUCAUUGUUCAGUCAAAUUGCUAUUUUUCGAUAUUGUAAAUUAAAUGGUUAAUGCAUCCCAAUUUAACUACGGUUUGAAGAACUAAAUAGUUGAGGAUUAUUUUUAAAAACAUCAUUGAUAUUUCUAAAUGCAUUGGGCGUUGGCGAGUUUUCUUUGAGUUCCACUAACUUAUCUAUCUAUACACGCGUUCCAUAAUGGUGAUUGAUUGAAGAUAAUUUCCUCCAGUGCCCUUAACUCUAAUGUAAACCAUACGAUUACGGUAGGCUUGAUCCUUAUAGUACUGUACUCUAUAAAUACUCUAUAAAUAUAUAACAGUUCCGGUUGUGGGUGUAUUUCUGUGCACCACCUGUUGUCUGUAUGCUCAAUAAAAACGUAUACAUGUA